AAAACCUACGAUGAAAAACAGCAUUUUUCCUCCACGCAAGGUUGGAAACUUUUGAUUACCAACUUAUUGCAACAAGGAAAUGCAUACAAUGCUUCCUCUCCAAACAUGUCACUGAAACUACCAUUUUCCAUGACUUUAGAAAUUUUUACGAUCUUAAAAAUGUAACCAUGAAAGUGUGUGGCAUGCAGGUGAAAGAAGAGUACCGAUCUUGACAUGGGAACAGCGGUUGCAGAUAUCUAUUGGAAUUGCAAGGGGUUUAUGGUUUCUGCAUGACAAUCCCUUGCAGAAGAUGGUUCAUGGAGAUAUAAAGUUAACAAACAUAUUACUAAAUGAGAAAGUAGAGCCAAAGAUUUCAGACCCCAUCUUAUCAAACUCCAAGUUACAGAAGACUGAUCACAGCUCAGGAACUUCCGACGAUGUUCUCAAAUAUGGUGUUUUGCUGCUUCAACUUUUGACGGGAAGAAAGUCACAAUCUCUAGUCGAGGAGGCAACAGAUGCAGUAAAGAGAGGAGAAAGUGUAAGUGCCAUGGCAGAUCCCAGCUUACGUGGGGCAAUGUUUGGAUCUGAGUUUCGAAAUCUGUUUUCCAUAGCCGUCUUGUGUACAGUUCCAAAUGAGUGCGAAAGACCAACCAUGAAACAAGUCUUGCAGAGACUCGAAGAAACACAGAUUCUUGCCUGAGCUUUGAACUUCCAGCUGUUUCAAACACUUGUGAAACAGGAUUGUUACAGCUAUCAAUCCCUCAUGUUUUGUGGAGGUGUAACAUCAAUGUGUUUUUCAAGUUUGAAAUCACAUUCC